GCCUGGGGUUGAGCUAGGCCCAUUUGGCUUGUCUCCCUCCCUGGUUGAGUCGGGGAAGGAAUCCCCAUCUGAGACGGAGACGAAGACCAUCUCCUUCUCAAACUCCGGCGGCCUCGCUGCCUAUUUGGUCCGCUCGCCACCCCUCGAGAGGCAUCCCGAGUCUCUCUUUCUUGGUUUGAUUUCGGGAUUUUGGCUUCCGUCACCGUGCCCACUUCUAAGUUCGUUGUGGCCGCCACCAAUCUCGCCGGAGACGAGAAUGGGUGGCACCGAGAAUAAAGGAACCAAUUAUGGAUCACACACUUAUGAAAAUUUGGAGAGGGAGCCAUACUGGCCGUCAGAGAAGCUUCGCAUUUCCAUCACUGGUGCUGGUGGUUUCAUUGCUUCCCAUAUUGCAAGGCGAUUGAAGAGCGAGGGCCACUACAUCAUUGCCUCUGAUUGGAAGAAGAAUGAACAUAUGACUGAGGAUAUGUUCUGCCACGAGUUUCACCUUGUGGAUCUUAGGGUUAUGGACAACUGCCUGAAGGUCACUCGUGGUGUGGACCAUGUGUUUAAUCUUGCUGCUGAUAUGGGAGGGAUGGGAUUCAUCCAAUCCAAUCAUUCUGUGAUUAUGUACAAUAACACUAUGAUCAGUUUUAACAUGCUUGAAGCUGCAAGGAUUAACAGCGUCAAAAGGUUCUUUUAUGCAUCCAGUGCUUGCAUCUACCCGGAAUUCAAGCAGUUGGAAACAAAUGUUAGUUUGAAGGAAUCUGAUGCUUGGCCUGCAGAGCCUCAAGAUGCUUAUGGCUUGGAGAAGCUUGCAACGGAGGAGUUGUGCAAGCACUAUACCAAGGACUUUGGUAUUGAGUGUCGCAUUGGACGGUUCCAUAACAUAUAUGGUCCAUUUGGAACCUGGAAAGGUGGAAGGGAGAAAGCCCCUGCUGCCUUCUGUAGAAAAGCAAUUACUUCCAUAGAUAAAUUUGAGAUGUGGGGCGAUGGAAAGCAAACACGAUCCUUCACUUUUAUUGAUGAAUGCGUGGAAGGUGUUUUGAGAUUGACAAAGUCGGACUUUAGAGAGCCAGUGAACAUUGGAAGUGAUGAAAUGGUGAGCAUGAAUGAGAUGGCUAAGAUUGUACUUAGCUUUGAGAACAAGAAGCUUCCUAUCCAUCAUAUUCCUGGUCCAGAGGGUGUCCGUGGCCGAAACUCCGACAACACUCUGAUUAAGGAGAAACUGGGUUGGGCUCCUACUAUGAAACUGAAGGAUGGCCUGAGGAUCACAUACUUCUGGAUUAAAGAACAAAUUGAAAAAGAGAAAGCGCAAGGUGUCGACUUGUCUGUAUAUGGGUCUUCCAAAGUGGUAGGAACUCAAGCGCCGGUCCAGUUGGGCUCACUCCGUGCAGCAGAUGGAAAAGAAUGAAGUCUGCAUUUUGCUUCCAGCACCGAGACCAUGAUCAUUAUAACCAUCUAGUUUGAAAGCAGAAGUUCUGGAUAUGGAUCUUAGUGCUCGGUCCGGAAAUUAGUCUGUUGGUUAUUCCUGUUUCAGAGUAUAUUUAAUAAGGUUAUAACUUCGUUCCCAGUGUAUUAAGAGCCUUUCUGGGUUAUCCUUUGUAUCGUUUAGGAUGUUACUCUGUCUGGAAAUGGCACGGUACUUUCCUUUAUGCCUUUUUUUUUUUUCCUUUUUUGUGUGUGCAUGAGGUACAAAUAAAAAGAGUAGUGUGUGUACUCUUAUCCUUG